AUGUCAAUGUCAAAAGAAUCAAUAAACUCUCCACCACGGGAGCGUGUAAAUACAGAUUCAUCAGUUUCAGAUAAAUCUAUGCAAGAAAAAACAACUAACGGAUCCCCAGCACCAACAUUCGAAGCCUAUAGAUUGACUGUCGACCAGACUGCACAAGAAUUCAGUACAAAUAUAGUAGAUGGUUUACAAGUUCAUGACGCCGAAUCGCGACUCCAGUCUUAUGGUGCCAAUAAUUUAGGCGAUGGAGAUAAAAUAUCCUACGGUAAGAUUAUGGCACAUCAAGUUUUCAAUGCUAUGAUUUUGGUUUUAUUGAUCAGUAUGAUUAUUGCCCUUGCCAUUCAGGAUUGGAUAUCUGGUGGUGUUAUUGGAUUUGUCGUUUUCCUCAAUAUAUCUGUCGGAUUCAUUCAAGAACUUAAAGCUGAAAAAACCAUGGGUUCGUUAAGAAACUUAAGUUCCCCAACUGCUAGAGUCACUAGAAAUGGUGAUGAUACAACUAUUCCAGCAGAACAAGUUGUCCCUGGUGAUAUCGUGCACAUUAAAGUCGGUGACACCGUCCCUGCUGAUCUUAGGUUAUUUGAUUCCAUGAAUUUAGAAACCGAUGAAGCUUUGUUGACUGGUGAAUCCUUGCCAGUCUUGAAAAACCACGAAGUUGUCUACAAUGAUUAUUCUGUUCCUGUCCCAGUUGGUGACCGUUUGAAUUUGGUUUACUCCUCUUCUAUUGUUUCUAAAGGAAGAGGUUCUGGUAUUGUAUAUGCCACUGGUUUGAAUACCGAAAUUGGUGCCAUUGCUCAAUCUUUGAAAGGAAACAAUGGAUUAAUUCGAAAAGUUGACAAGUCCGAUGGUAGAAAACCUAAAAAGAGAGAAUACAGUAAAGCUGCUGCAGGUACUGUUUAUGAUGUUAUUGGUAACGUUUUAGGGGUCAAUGUCGGUACUCCAUUACAAAGAAAAUUGUCAUGGUUGGCUAUCUUUUUGUUCUGGGUUGCUGUUGUUUUUGCCAUUGUUGUAAUGGCUUCUCAAAGGUUCAGAGUCAACAAGGAAGUUGCCAUCUAUGCUAUUUGUGUUGCCCUUUCCAUGAUUCCAUCUGCGCUUAUCGUUGUCUUGACUAUUACUAUGGCUGUUGGUACCCAAGUUAUGGUUUCAAAGAAAGUCAUUGUUAGAAAAUUGGACUCAUUAGAAGCUUUAGGUGGUAUUAAUGAUAUUUGUUCUGAUAAAACCGGUACUUUAACUCAAGGUAAAAUGAUUGCAAAGAAAGUAUGGUUGCCAAAUGUUGGUACUUUAGAAGUGCAAAACUCCAAUGAACCAUACAAUCCUACUGUUGGUAAUGUCAAAUUUUCGCCAUUUUCACCAAAAUUUAUCAAAGAAACCGAUGAAGAAAUCGACUUUAACAAACCAUACCCUGAUCCAAUGCCACAAACUAUGCAUGACUGGUUGAUGACUGCUACUUUGGCCAAUAUUGCCACUGUUAAUCAAACCAAGGAUGAAGAGUUAGGAGAAAUGGUUUGGAAAGCCCACGGUGAUGCUACUGAAAUUGCUAUCCAAGUAUUUACCACCAGAUUAGACUAUGGUCGUGAAUCACUCGUCCAUAACUAUGAACAUAUUGCUGAGUUCCCAUUUGAUUCAUCUAUCAAGAGGAUGUCUGCUGUUUACAAAGAUGAAAAGGAAACAAGGGUCUACACCAAGGGUGCUGUUGAAAGAAUUCUUCGUUUAUGUGAGUACUGGUAUGGUGAACGUACCGAAGAUUCCUACGAUUCACAAAAAUUAGUUAAAAUGACUGACGAUGAUAUCAAGUUAAUUGAAGAAAACAUGGCAGCUUUGUCUUCCCAAGGGUUGAGAGUGUUGGCGUUUGCUACUAAAGAACUUGGAUCCAGUGAUGUUUCUGACCGUGAACAAGUUGAGUCACACUUGAUUUUCCAAGGGUUGAUUGGUAUCUAUGAUCCACCAAGAGAGGAAACCGCAGGUUCUGUCAAGUUGUGUCACCGUGCUGGUAUCAAUGUCCAUAUGCUUACUGGUGACCACCCAGGUACUGCCAAAGCCAUUGCCCAAGAAGUUGGUAUCUUGCCACACAACUUGUACCACUACAGUGAGGAUGUUGUCAAGGUCAUGGUGAUGACCGCAAACGAGUUUGAUGCAUUGUCUGACGAAGAGAUCGACAACUUGCCUGUGUUGCCGUUGGUCAUUGCGCGUUGUGCCCCAAAGACCAAAGUCAGAAUGAUCGAGGCCUUGCACAGAAGAAAGAAGUUUGCUGCCAUGACUGGUGAUGGUGUGAACGACUCUCCGUCUUUGAAGAAAGCUGAUGUUGGUAUUGCCAUGGGUAUGAACGGGUCCGAUGUUGCCAAGGACGCCUCUGACAUUGUUCUUACAGACGAUAACUUUGCCUCCAUCUUGAAUGCUAUUGAAGAGGGUCGUCGUAUGUCGUCCAACAUCCAGAAGUUUGUGUUGCAGUUGCUUGCUGAAAAUGUUGCCCAGGCUUUCUACCUUAUGAUUGGUCUUGUCUUCAUCGACGAGACUGGAUUCUCUGUCUUUCCUUUGUCACCUGUGGAAGUUUUAUUCGUUCUUGUAAUUACAAGUACCGCCCCGGCCCUUGGAUUGGGAAUGUGUACUGCUGACGACGAUAUCCUUGAGAAACCACCGUCAAAUACCAUCUUCACGUGGGAGGUUAUUUGUGACAUGGUUGGCUAUGGUGUAAUUAUGGCUGCUAGUUGUAUGGUCGCGUUUGUGGUGGUUGUGUAUGGACACGGGAACGGAGAUUUGGGUCGUGAUUGUAACACCAUGGGUGCUAAUCUCGAUGUAUGUGGUUUGGUGUUCAGAGGAAGAUCCACUGCGUUUGUGGUGAUGACAUGGUGUGCUUUGGUAUUGGCCUGGGAGUGUCUCCACUUGAAGAACUCGCUCUUGCGUACACACCCUCGUGACCUUUGGGAAAACCGUUUCUUGUUCUGGUCCAUUGUAUUUGGUUUUGUUUCUGUCUUCCCUGUGGUGUACAUUCCUGUCAUCAACACCAAGGUGUUCUUGCACAAGGGAAUCAGUUGGGAAUGGGGUGUUUGUUUUGCAUGUACAGCUUUGUUCUUGUUGGGAGCCGAAGCUUGGAAAUGGGGCAAACGUGUGUGGUCCCGUACCGUCAAAGCCAAGAACCCAGAGUACGAGUUGGAAAGAAACGACCCAUUCGAAAGAUAUGCAUCCUUCUCCAGAGCCAACACCAUGGUUGUGUAA